GUUUGGUGAAUUCGCGACAAAAAGGGGGCAACUUGGAGGCGAUUUAGAGCUUCGGGUGCAGUGGACGAACAAGGGCCCUUUUCCUAGUUGGAUUAUCUACUUCAAGGAUGACUGCAAUGUGGUUGUUAUUGCAUCAUGGAUCACAUAGCUUUGAUGUGAGAGUUACAGACAUGGAAAAGUAUCGUCUUUUGAGGUUGUUUUUGGAUAUUUUUGAGGAAUCUGUUAGGCAGGAUGUGUUUUUACCUAGUACAUUUGCCCUGUUUAUUGAGUCUCCCUGUGGUAGAGUUGAGUUGGUAGAUGAUAAGACAAUGAAGCUAAUGUGGGGAUGGAAUUGGGGUAAGGACACUGCUGAAAUAUGGGUUGAGGGUACAGACAAACCAGGAGUGGUGUUUAGAAAUGUUGUUGCCACAAUUGAGCAUCAUAGGAAGGAGAGUGAGAGAAAGCUCAAAGAGAGACAAGAUGAACUUCUUAGGGCUCAAAGAAAGGAGGAAGAGGAAAUGAGGAAAAAACAGGAGAGAGAGGACAUUUUAAGGGAACUUCAGGAACAAAUGGAGUACGCAGUAGCUGUGGAGGUGCCUGUGGUUGAUUGUGAGGACUUAAGCACUGAGUAUGUGAGGAUUAUAAGCAAGGAUGGUGCUGAUGAGGUGUUUCCAGGAGCCUCUCAACCACAACCCACACAAGAAUCUUCACCCUCCAAAAAACCUACUUCUCCUAAACCAAAACAAAAGGCCAAAGUCAAGCCAACUACUCCAAAAGCUCCUAAGGUUCCUAAAGCCAAGAAACUGAUCCCUAAGAGGAGACCCACCCCAACUCAAAAACAGGCCACACCAAAGGCAAAAAAACCCACCCCAACAACAAAAAAGCCCACCUCAACACCACAGCAACCCACCCCAACUCCAGAACAAUCAAUCCCACCAGCACAGCAACCCACCCCAACAACACAGCAGCCCAUCCCACCACCACAGCAACCCAACCCAUCACCACAAACACACCCCACCCAUUCCCCACUACCACAGAACACCCAAAAUGAUCAACCACCCCAUUCCCCACCACCACAGAACACCCAAAAUGAUCAGCCACCCCAUUCAACACCAACACAGAAUCAGUCUGAAGCUGUUAAAAGGAAGGGGGGCAGAACUAGACCUACAGGGUUCAGGGUGAACAAAGUGACUGCCAAGAAAGCUGGAACUUGGGUAUCCAAAGGGAAGGGCAUAGGUAGGAAGGGUACAGGGAGGUCAAAGAGUGCAAGGGUGUUCACUGAUGUUGAGGAUAUAGGUUCAGAAGAGGAGAGUGAGGAUUCAGAUUGGGAGGAAUCAGAACCAGACUCUGAACUAGAGGAGGAUAAACUUGAUGAUUAG